GAGGGGCCAUCUCCAUAUCUAAGUGUUACUUAGGCUUUGGGAGGUGGGGGUCUUCAUGCACCUGCCUGGGCAUGAGUUUGAGGAAGCUGGGCCGUGCACUGCUUUGGGGUUAGAAGCUUGGGGUCAGUUGGCUGGGACAGGAGGGAGGAAGCCAAUAGUUCCUGUUGGGACAAAUUAAACUAUAGGCGCCUGGGAACUAGGCAUAUCAAGGCUCAUUAAAGAAGGCCCUUGCCGGAAUGGGGCCAGAAGGUAGAAAGAAGAGUGUUGGAGCAGCUCCUGUGGUCCAGGUUGGAGUUUGGAGGGCAUACAGGGCAUAUUUAGUGCCUUAAGAGGGACCCCUGUAGACUCUUUGGUGAUUGGCACCUCCAAGCCUGGUGACUAUCCUUAGGGGCAAUGGCAGAAAGGUGAUAUUGGCUGGGGACAGAUUGCCCACCAAAAGGCUGAAGAUGAAUUGGCAACUCCCUGUGUGGUGCCCUCCAGGGGGCCCCCUAAUCCAAAGGAGAAGACAGGCUCUCUCUGAUCCUAUCCCCUUUCUCCUUCAAGGGCCAGCCCCUGCCUCCUUGGCCCUCCAGCAUUGAGGCCCUCAGGCCCCAGCAGUUCCAGCUAGGGGAGGGCCUGAACUUGAAUAGGACUGGCAGCUCUGGGCCCCAAACCGGUUUUCCCACCUCACUAGGGCUGGCACAUCACCCCUGUGGUUCCCUCCCCCCACCUUUUUGCAGUUCUUCCUCUCCCCACCCUGGAAUGUUAAGGGGAUAUGGAUAUUCAGGUUAUCUUUGUCUCCUGUCCUGAGCAUGGUCCCUUCUAGAAAGACAAGGUCACUAUGUAUGACUUUAAAACAACUAGGUGGAGUGACUUUCACACUUGGCUUUCAACACGUCUGGCCCUUCUAGGCCUUGAAGACUUUGUAAGUGACAGCAACAAGUAGUUAGAAUUCUCCUUACCAUCAGCCCCACCCUCAGAAAGUCAUGAGGAAGCCCAGCCUAACUGCUGGCCUGCUCUAGAGUAAGGUAAGAGCAAGAACCUCCCCAGAUGCCCCUGGCAAUCUAACUCCCUGACCUCAAAUACCAACAAGGUAAAUCCCUUUCAUUUGUCUCCCGCCUACAAGAACACCUCUUUUGCUAGAACUGAGGUCAUCUCAUUAUUGAUAGCAUUGAUGUUAAUAGGGCUCUUUGCCACCUUCCAGGUGUUGUACUAAGCACUUUAGAUGCUAACAAAGUCCUUAUGAAGUAAGUAAAACCAUCAGAAAACAGGCACAGGGAGGUCCAGUAACGUGCCCAAAGCCACCCUGCUAAUCUGGUAGAAGCAAGCUUUCUCCCCAGGCUGACCCUAAAAGUGGCCCUUUACUGCUACUUUGUGCCCCUUCACUAAGGAAGGACCUAUCUUCCUAACUCUCCUAAAGGUUGUCCUCUUUCGAAAUAGAACUGGUUGUUGACGGAAAUCAAUUUCUGAUUCAUGGAAGAAUAGCUCUUUGGAGGAAGACGAGGGAUGUGGAAGUAUCUACAGGAGCUCUUGCAGCUCUUAUCCCUAUAACAAACGCCCAUUCCGGCAGUCCCCAUAAAAAUACAGGUCUAGAAAUACCCUUUUCAUUCUCCCCAUUACCUUGUUGGGACAAAUAGGUGAGGACGACCCCAUUUCACAAAGUAGGUAAUAGGGUUAAGGAGUUAAAUGAUCUGUCCAAUGUACUGGCCUUGAGCUCUGGUGUUCUCUCUGGGAGUCUGGGUUACAUAUUAAAUGCCCCGCCAGGACACUGCUGGGAAGCAGGGAGUGGUGAUGGUCCUAUGAGCUUUAAGGAGGGACGCAGAAAGGAGGCACUGUCACACAGCCUAUCAUACAAUACAGAUGGGAAGCAGCAGAUAAUUAACAAUGGACAACCAGAUAAAUCUGACAAACAUUGGGAUGCUGCUUUUACUCGGGACUGAUCACUAAAGGAUCCAGAAGGAGGAUCCCAGCCCUGGGGAUGCUGGUGCAGGUAUUCUGGGACUUGUUUGGCUUUGUCAGGUUCCAGAGUGGGCCAAUGGGUGGUCAGCAGGCGGCAUGGAUGCAGAGGUGAUUUCUUCUUGGGAGGCAGGGUAAACAAAGUCACAUAUAAUCACCUUUUCAAAUGUGGAGCCUAAGAGGAGGUAGCAGGGGGAAAACUACAACUCCCAGAAGCCUCUGCUCCUCAGCCAUGGAUGGUUGCCAUGGUUUCAGAAAACAAUAUGUCCGCUCCCAGCCGGGCAGGGAGUCUUGGAGUUAGGGAGAAGCGGAUUUCGGUGCCGGCAGUGGCGAGGGCGGAGGCGCUGGAGAGGUAGUUAAGGCUGGGGCUGGACUCUGCUCGGCUGGAACUGCCUGGCUUUGCCGAGGGCACCAAUGGCCGGCAACGUGGACGAGGAGGCGCUGCACCAGCUGUACCUGUGGGUAGACAACAUCCCUCUGUCCCGGCCCAAGCGAAAUCUCUCCCGGGACUUCAGUGACGGAGUCCUGGUUGCAGAAGUCAUCAAGUUUUACUUCCCCAAGAUGGUGGAGAUGCACAAUUAUGUCCCUGCCAACUCUCUCCAGCAGAAGCUCAGCAACUGGAGUCACCUGAACAGGAAAGUGCUGAACAAGCUGAACUUCUCAGUACCAGAGGAUGUGAUGCGCAAGAUCGCACAGUGCGCCCCAGGAGUGAUUGAAUUGGUGCUCAUUCCGCUGAGGCAGCGCCUGGAGGAGCGGCAGAGGCGCAGGAAACAGGGCUCUGGCUCCUUACAGGAGCUGGCUCCACAGGAUGGCACGGGCUACAUGGAUGUGGGUUUAUCCCAGAAGGCUGGAGGGGAAGGUCCCCCAGAUCCCCAGGGAAGGGGACAGCUCAGGAGAGGUCGGCUGCCAGCGCUCGGGCCUCCGGGGUAUAACCAGGUGCCUCACGGCGACCCAAGCUUCGUCCUCCAGAUCGCUGAAAGGGAGCAGGAGCUGUUGGCCUCGCAGGAGACCGUGCAGGUUCUGCAGAUGAAGGUGAGGCGCUUGGAGCACCUGCUCCAGCUCAAAAACGUGCGCAUCGACGACCUCUCCCGGCGGCUCCAGCAGGCGGAGCGUAAGCAGCGGAGAAUGGACCGCUUUCCAGAACCCAGAAGCCACGUGCAGAAAUCUGGCGUGUGCCCCAAAGCAGUACCGGACACCGGGGGCUCUGCCUUGGCGCUCCCUGUGCUGGGCCUUGAGAGGUGGCCCCCUGGCUCAGUUUACAACUCUAGAACCAGGUCCCCUCCCAGCUGUGAGGACAGCAAUGUCUCCAUCCAGGCUAGUUCUCUGUGUCCUGGGCCAUGGGGGAAGCUGCCCCAGGCAGCUGAAGGAGUCCCUUGCCUCUCCUGGGCACUCACCUGGGACCCAUCUGACGGCUGGAAAGCACAGCCGCUGGAAAGGAAGGGGUGAGGAGUGGGUUCAGCCAGGAGUGGGGAAGACACUGGCUGUGCCUAUACCAAUCACCCACCCUUCUCAUGGGGUACUGUUGAGAAUGGGGUAUAUGGACCAGUGCUGCCCCCAAUAAAAAAAGGUAUUGUGCUCGCUUUCCUGCCUUCUCUCUCCACUUCCAUCCCUGUGGGCAGCGGGGUAUUGCCCCACUCCUUGAGUGAAAGAGCCUUUUGGGCCCAGAGUGGGUCUUACCUUGUGGGUAGCUGGGUCCUAGAUGGCUACUGGUUGGUUGUUGAUGAUAUCACAGGAGUGAGGUCUUGUACACCUGACUUCUAACUCUGACCUUACUUAGACUGACCCCCCAAACCCACCCUCACAGUGUCCUCCAACUCUGUUCAAACCCAGGCUUCAGAUUUUCCCCUAAAUGUCACCACACACUCACCUUCAACUCCCAACCUUGCCCGUAGACUGAUCUCCAGUUCUAUGGAAUGAAGACAAGCUUGACUCCCAACCUUGACCAAGAUGCUAUAGCCAUGGUAUGACCCUAACUCUGAUCAUUUAUGGACUACCAGCAACAUUGAACAUUUGUAAAUCCUGAGCCCUCACAGUCCUGUUCCUAGGCAUAUACUGAGCAUGUACCUGGGGGAAACAUAAGCUCUGUAUUCUGUAUGUCUGGGACACAUGUAUAGCAAUGAUCGUAGCAAAAUGUUCUGUAAUAGCACAAGAACUGAAAAGAAUGUGUAUUUAUUAUCUAUUAAUGUGUAACAAAUUACCACAAAGUUAGUGGCUUAAAACAGCACAUAUUUAUUAUCUCAUAUUUUCUGUGGCUCCAGGGUCCAGGUAUUGCUUAGUUGGGUCCUCUGCUUCAGGGUUUCUCACAAGGCUGUAAUCAAAGUGUUGGCCAGAGCAAUAGUCUCAUCUGAAGGCUCGACUGGGGAAGUUCACCUGGAAGUUGUUGAAAGAGUUGUUUCUUGUGGGCUGUUGGACCGAAGUCUUCAGUUUUUUUGCUGAGUGUUGGCUAGUGGCUGCCCUUACUUCCUUGCCACAUGGCCAUCUCCAGUAGCCAGCUUACUUCUUCAAAGCCAGACAGGGAUAGAGUUAACAGAAUCUGCUAGCAAGAUGGAAGUUACACUCUUAUCUGAUGUAAUCACAGAAGUGACAUCCAACGUAUUUGUCAUUCUACUUAUGAGAAGUCGUACUUACUUCUCUAUGUGAGUCCAGCCCACAUUCAAGGGGAGAGGAACACAUGGGUGUGAAUAUCAGGAGGUAGAGAUCAUUGGGAACCAUUUUAGAAGCUGGCUACAAGGAGGAAAAUGCAAAGAGGGAUAAAAUCUAGAAUAACAAUUACUUCUGAGAGAAAGCAGAGGGCAGAGAUGCAAGAAAUGUUAUUUGUAAUAUGUUAGUUUUUAGGGCAGGUGAUGGGUAUAUAGGUUUUCAUAAGGACUGUUUAUAGACAAGUGGGAAAAGAAUGUCAUGAACCAAGGAUUAUGUGGAGUCAAAUUUUGUUUACCUGAAUUCCUAAACUAAUAAAGUAAAAAUAAAAAUUGAUGACUACUCCUGA